GGAAGGACAGCGAGGAAACAGAGAAAUGGAAGAUGAAAAUAAAGAUCUGAGGAUUGUGUUAUUGGGUAAAACUGGAUCAGGAAAGAGUUCAACAGGAAACACAAUACUGGGCAGAGAUGCAUUUAUUGUGAAAAACUGUGUAGAGUCUAUUACCACAACAUGUCAGACACAACAAGAGGAUGUGAACGGACAAGUCAUAUCAAUUACUGACUGCCCUGGUCAUUUUGACACUUCAGCCAGUUAUGAAAGACAGCAGAAGUUAAUUGAGGAGUGUGUCCGCAUGUCUGUUCCUGGUCCUCAUGCAUUUCUGUUCAUGAUCAGACUGGAUGCGAGAAUCACAGAGCAGGAGAAGAAUGCAGUGAAAUGGAUUCAGAAGACCUUUGGAGAUGAUGCUGUGAAAUACACGGUCAUUCUGUUCACUCAUGAUGAUCAGCUGGAGGGUACAUCUCUAGGAAGUUACAUCAGAAGAAGCAGUGAUCUAGUGAAACUGAUUAAAACAUGUUGUUACAGAUAUCAUUCAUUCAACAAUGAGAACAGAGAUGAUCGAGAUCAGGUCACAGAGCUGCUGAAAAUAAUUAAGAAAAUGGUGGACUUUAAUGGAGGGAUGUACACUAUUAAAAUGUAUUGAGAAGCCUAACAAAAGAUGAGUGGAAGUAUGUGCUACAAUUCUUAAAAGAAAUAGCCAGCUAAAAAAGAAUACAUGCUUCGAUGGGUAAAAAAUGAGUCUGCAGUGAAAUUAUGACAAUACAAUUCCUAUUUUUUCAUUAAAGAUUGCAGUGUUUAUUGUAAAUAUCUUAAUGAGUGUGGGUCAUUCAAAAUUCACAUGCUCUCAUAAUCUUAAAUUAAAAUCUGUAAAUGCACUUUCGCCCUGUAGUGUCCAUCUUAAAUGACGUAUGUUAGCCGGCUUGGGCUGAGCAUCCGUUAACUCCUCCCCUGCAGCGGUAGUCUGCUCCCAGUUCCAUUUCAAAAUGCAACUGUUUUCAAACAUCCCACCAAAUCACAGUGAUAAACCCAAACCACGCCCACUAUUUUUUCUCAUUUCAAAUUCUGUUUUACUGCGAAAUAUGUCAGAAUACGUAAGUAAAAACGAUCACACCGGUUCACACCGGGAACUUUAAAUGCUCUUGUUUUGUUUGUUAAAAGUUGCAAGCAUUUGUUUCUGCAGCUCUAAUAGAUUUUGUAUGAUUUUGUUACUGCAGAAAUUAUAUGUAUCUCUAAAUAAUCUAUAUCUUUAUUGCAUAUUACCCAGUCAACAAGUGAGGUCAUGCGAUGAUCACAGUGAUGUCACACCAUGUUCAUACUGUGACAGUGUUAGUAUGUGAGCUCAAGGUGAAUUUAUUUUAUUUAGUCACCAUUAUGGUUAUGAGUGUUUGCUUUAGCUGGACUCUUCACCCUUAACUUUUAUAUGAUAGUUUUACUUUGACUUUACUUGCUAACAUUAUUGGUUUAUGAGCUGCAAAGAUAUGUCCUGAAUAAAAUCCUUUUAUAAUAUCUGAAUCUUAAGACAGCUGGAUCUUCUUCUCUACAGAGAAAUUAAAAGUUUUCUUUUUCUCAUCAACAUUUACCCAUAAUUAUACUACCAUCAAAGACUCCUCUGACAUUAGGCUACUCAAUAUAACAAAUGUGCUCUAUACAGUAAACACACAGUUACAGCAGCCAGAGGAAGAGAAAAAAUAGUUCUUGUUUGAUGGUGAAAUUAGUAUUGAAUAUGUGCUGCCACUUUUAAAUAAAUUAAUAAAAAUAGACGUUAAAUUAAAUUAAUUUAAGCUAAAUUUUCAAAACGCACCAAUUAAGCAUUUUGUGAUUUUCAGUUGAAUAAAAUACUUAAAAAUAGUGUAAAAAUCUUGUCAUCCAGCCAUCAAAUGUUAAGUGCCACUUCAUUUUGCAUCUCUGUAUGAUUCCCCCAUGCCGGAAAAAGCUUGAAGAAUCACAAACAUAUAUAUGUUUAUUAGAAAAAAAUUAGAAAUGAAAAAAUGUGUGAAAAAUCACUGAACUGUAAACAAUUUAUUGCCAUUCCCUGAAUAAUAUGUAAUCAUGUAAUCCCUAAAUCAGAUUUCAUGAUCAUUACUUUUGUUUAAAAGAAAACAUCGUUUUUUCAGUAACAUGGAAAAAUGUCAAUUUGGUGUAAAUGUAUGGCGUUUUAUGGACUUUUACUAUUUUAAUAAAAAAAUGUGAAAAUACUGUUACGUUACACUGCAUUUUACCUGUAAAAAUACAUUUAUUUUUUACAGUGUAUAGAUAGCAUCUAAUUAAUAUUUACAUUUAUCACAAAGAACUGUGAAGUCUACAUGGUGUAAAUAGAAUAUAUAACACAACUAGUACAUGUAGCCGCUGGGAAAUUAAACUGGGAAAUUAUAGACUAUAUUUGGUGUCAAUGUGUGUUUUUUUAAAUAAUUUUUUACAGUUAUGAUAAAAAUGUGAUAUGGCUGUGAAAUUCUAAUGGAUUCUUCAGUAAAAAUACACUUUAUCCAACUCUGACAAAAAAAUAAACAUGAACA